AUGACAACGUGCUGUUUUUUCCUCCCAAUCCGAACAGGAUGUCUCAUCGGAUCCGCAUUUUACUUCAUUAUUGCGUUCGUAAAAUUGGUUUUGCUGAUAGUUUUACAUCUGUCAAAAGGACCUGAAACUGUGAUAGUCAUGAACGUUCUCUUACUGACAUUAGCUGGAGUCACACUCCUUAUUGGGACACUUCAGGAAGACCGUGUUUGUGUUUUAACAUUUCUCUGUUUCAAUAUUUGCGCGAUGGCGACCCAAGGCUUGGGCCUCUUGAUUAUAUACCUCACCACCAGCGAGAAAAUCACGUUAUGGAUUUUGGUGGUUAUGGUAAUUGAGCAAAUACCGUUUCUGUACAUGAUUGCGAUCGGGAUAAUCGAAUAUCGCGUUGUUAAAGAAAAACAUAUGCACAUCGCUGAUAAUUACCGGUCGUAUGGCCGCGUGGAGCAGCCCCGAGAAGCAGCCCCCACAUCCCACAUCCCGGUCCUCGCCUUCUAA